AUGACCGAGCUGGAGUCUAGUUAUUUGACGUUAGGAAGUCUCCCCAACGUAACUCGGGCCUUCAACCAAUUUGGAACUGUUUUCGUCGCUGAUAAUAUCUUGACAAGAAGUGCUUCAUUCAAAUCCGCACUGGUUGGUCGUUUCCAAGGCAUUGGUGCAGUAGCAUCCCUUGAUGGCACCAUCAUAGAGACUCUGGCAAGUAUUCGCUUCACUAGUGGAGAGUACAGUGGCAGCACUGUGGAAUUAAAAGGCAUAGGGUCUCAGGAUGUCAAUGAAAUGGCAAUUGUAGGAGGAACCAAACAAUUCCGGUAUGCAACAGGGUAUACUACUUUUGAGACGGUCAGAGCUGUAGGAGAUUUUAUUACUGCAAAGUGGGAUCUCUACAUUAGACUGGAUAUACCGGAUGACUACCCUGGUAUUAAUCUUCAUUAA